ACCAGCUGUUCAUUCUCGUCAUCGAUCCCACUCCCAGCUAGCAGCAUCGAUCUUACACUUCGAUCGCAGCAAGUCCAAGCGUGCCCAGCUGCUCUUGCAUAUAGAUACACCGAAGUGAGUUAACAGCAUCGUCCGUUACUACGUACAUGGCUUUCGCGCUCAAGGCAUCCCUCUCCCCGUCUUCCUCGCCCCCGGCGAGCCUCACAGCGGCCACACCGCCGGUGAAGCCUGUAUUCGUCAGAGCCCUCGCCACGGCCUCGGUCGACCCAGCAAUGGCCACGCCAGCCGCGCUGGGGAGGCAUGCGGUCAGGGCGCGCGCGGCGGCGACCACGCUGGCCCCGGCGCCCCUGCCCGCCGGUAACGGCGGCCUGUCGGUAGCGAAGGCCAUGUCCCGGGCCAGAGACAACGGCAUGACGGCGUUCAUCCCGUACAUCACCGCCGGCGACCCAGACCUGGCGACCACGGCGGAGGCGCUCAGGCUAUUGGACGCCUGUGGCGCCGACGUCAUCGAGGUGGGCAUGCCGUUCUCCAACCCCUACGCCGACGGCGCCGUCAUCCAGGCGUCCGCGGCGCGGGCGCUCGCGGCCGGCGCGACGUCGGACACCGUGAUGGCGAUGCUGAAAGAGGUGACGCCGGAGCUAUCCUGCCCGGUGGUCAUCUUCUCCUACUUCAACCCCAUCGAGCGGCGGGGGACUGGGAGCUUCACCGCCGCGGCCAGAGAGGCCGGUGUACGAGGUCUUAUAGUACCCGAUCUUCCUUACACGGAGGCAAGUGUUCUGAGCAUUGAAGCCAAGAAGAACGAGAUCGAGCUGGUGCUGCUUACAACACCAACUACAAAGGCAGAGAGGAUGAAUGAGAUCACAUCAGCUUCCGAAGGGUUUGUGUACCUUGUAAGUAUCAACGGAUUAACAGGGGCCCGCCCAAGUGUGAAUCCGCACGUUAAGGAUCUUCUCAGGGAGAUUAAGCAGGUCACUGACAAAGCAGUUGCUGUUGGAUUUGGCAUAUCCACCCCUGACCAUGUUAGGCAGGUAAUAAACAAGGUUGCUCAGUGGGGUGCAGACGGUGUGAUAAUCGGCAGUGCGAUGGUGAAGCAGCUAGGUGAAGCAAAUUCUCCGAGAGAAGGAUUAAAGAGGCUGGAAGUAUAUGCCAGGAGUCUCAAGGAUGCACUGCAUGCCGUGAUAUGUACAAUAUAGGACAAUGUUACUAAAUAUCGACGAACCGGAAUUGCGAUGGCAAGUUAGCUUGGUGUUCCUAGUAAUACAAGUGGUGGUAGAAGCAAUAAGCUAGAAGUAUUUGUUAGUUUU